CUGCAGUGCAUUCAGCAUCUGAUCAGAGAACAGUAAGACAACAUGUUCCACGUGAGGAAUUUCAGUCUUUUUGUCUCGUGCGUGCUCCUCUUCAUCCUCCAGACAGGUCGUGGUUCUGAGAUUAUUGAAGGGAAAGAAGUCAGGCCGCACUCGCUGCCCUUCAUGGCUUAUGUGAGAAGUAAAACAUCAGCCUGUGGAGGGACUUUAAUCCAUCCAAAAUGGGUCCUGACAGCUGCCCACUGCACUGAUAUGAGUCUGGUGAUCCUGGGAGCACACUCCAUCAAGAAAGUGGAAAAAGGUUCCUGGCAGGUUCGAGAGGUUGAGAAACGUUUUCCUCAUCCCGACUAUUACAAUGUAACCCAGGGCAAUGACCUCAUGUUGCUCAAGCUGAAGAAAUCUGUGAAGAAAACCAAGACAGUGAAUUGGCUCAACUUUGGCCAAACUGUCAGAGACCCUGCAGCUGGCAGCAAGUGUCUGGUGGCUGGAUGGGGACGAACUGAAAACAACAAAACCUCAGAUGUCCUCAGGUCUGUCAAUGUGACCGUGAUCAACAGACAGAAGUGCAACUCUCGUGAUUAUUACAACCAGAGACCUGUUAUCACCGCUGACAUGAUCUGUGCUGGUUCAAAUGGUGCAAACAAGGCUGAUACCUGUCAGGGGGAUUCAGGAGGGCCGCUGUUGUGCAAGGGACGGCUGGUUGGAGUCACUUCUUUUGGAUGGGGUUGUGGCAUCAUUAAAAAACCUGGAGUCUAUUCAUUUGUCUCAGAGAAGCAACUCGAGUGGAUCAAAAAAACAAUGAAAUCAUAUGAAUGCGGCUUUCAGUGCAUUCAGCAUCUUAAAGCGAGAACAGAAGAAAUGUUCUGCCUGAUAAAUUUCAGUUUUUUCCUCUCAUUUGUGAUUCUUUUCAUUGCCCAGUCAGGUCAUGGCUCUGAGAUUAUUGGAGGGAAAGAAGUCAAGAAACACUCGCUGCCCUUCAUGGCUCUGCUGGAGGACGACUGCUCCCAGUGUGGAGGAAUACUAAUUGAUCCAUCAUGGGUCCUGACUGCCGCUCACUGUGAUAAUAUAAAAAAAGUAACCCUGGGAGUGCACUCUAUCACGAAAAAGGAAAAAGAGGAAAGUUCUCGGCAGCUCAGAGAAGUUGAGAAACAUUUUCCUCAUCCCAGAUAUUCUGAGGAAAAAAAGCUCAAUGAUCUCAUGUUGCUGAAGCUUAACAAACCAGUGAAGGAGACAAAGACGGUGGAAUGUCUCCAGUUAGGUACAACUGUCAAAGACCCUGCAGCCGGUAGCAAGUGUGUGGUUGCUGGAUGGGGAAAAACUGAAAAGAAGACCAGGUCAGACGUUCUGAUGUCCGCCAAAGUGACGGUGAUUGACAGACAGAAGUGCAACUCUUCUCAUUACUACAACCACAAGCCUGUUAUCACCAGUGACAUGAUCUGUGCUGGUUCAGAUGGUAAAAAAAAGACUGAUACCUGUAAGGGGGAUUCUGGAGGGCCACUGUUGUGCAAUGGAGUGCUGGUUGGAGUCACUUCUUUUGGACCUAAAGUGUGUGGUAACACUAAAAAACCUGGAGUCUAUUCUUUUCUCUCGCAACAACAACUUAAGUGGAUCGAGAACACAAUUGAGUCCCAUGUAAUGUGA